AUGGAAGCGGGUGACUUUGUCCUGUAUGAUGAUCAGGGCAGGGAUACCGACCUUGGCGAUGUGCCCUCGUUUAACCGCCCCAUGUUUCAAAGUUAUCGUGGGGCAGCCGCGGAUACAUCGCCAUUGUUAGAGGAGGCGCCGGUAGCACAGAUGGCUGGCCCAACCUUGUCAUCCCAAUCCACACCAAUGCUCCCACGGAAGUCGCCGCUACAAAGGAACAACCUGUCUCCGACCAACACUCCCCCACAACCAUCCAGUGGGACGCUCGGCGCUCCCUUGCAUCUGCUUUCGCUCCAAGGCGCUACAGACAGUGAUGCGUCGUCGACACCCAAACUAACGCCAUUGUUUCCGAACAUCAGCACGGAGAGCAACACAAACACGAGCGCUUCUUCGUCACCGAAUCAUGUUCUGACUCCCCCCUCACAGCCGCCGGCAGAUCAACGUCCAUGGAUCAUGCCGACCAACGAUGGGAAUAGCCUCUCGUUUAUGUGGAAACCUAAUGAUCAAAGUGCAGAAAAUAUGCAGCGUUGGAAAUCGUACUGGAAUGCGAAUGGGGGCCCUCGGUCGAACCAACCUCUCUCGACCAACCUGGACUUGGCGCAGAAUCAAAACCAGGUAUCCGCAGGGUUCUUCCCUAUGCCAGCCGAUAAAAUGACCGUGUCACCUCGCGAUUUGCAUCUAGACUACGACGAGGCCACGACUCCACCGGCUAAAUACAAAGACGUGAACUUGUUUGGCGACUCGGCACCCCUGUUUCCUCCUGCGCCGUCGAACGACGAGUCCGGCGCCCAGCCUUCUCUAUCCCAGCUCCCUAUGAGCAUGGAAACAGGUUCUAGCACGGAAGAAGAAGAUGAUGAGGAUGAAAAACCGUUCCAAGGUGGCCCCCAUACACAAACGAAUAUGGGCCAAACGGUACCUAAUGAGCAACUGCUGGAACAGUGGAGCCGCCCCAUGUAUGGCGGCGCGCCGAGAAAUAUACCCAUUCCUUCGCAUCCGCACCACCAGGACUCGAUGUCAUAUUCACAAUUCGGGCCUGCCUUCUCCUCGGUGUCUACCUCCAGUGAGUCUGAAGACGAGGCGGGCGAUCGCACGACGACCAAGCCCUCCACGAAGGGCACGCACUCAGGAGGUCAGCCGUUCCAGCGUUCCGCAUCAGGCACACUAGGUGGAUAUGGCUACAUCCCUCGCAGCCAAGACAGUACCAUGAGUACGAGCACCGAGAGUGAAUCUGCCCCAGAUUCGCGUAUGUCCAUGAGUAUGACAGAGAGUGGGUACACUAGUCGCGAAGAAUCACAACCGCGUAGCCCUACUAUCUUGGACUCCGCGCAGGCUAUCGAGCCCAAGACCGAAUCCCCUCCUUCUACCCUAUCUUCGACAGCUCCACCUGUGCCGACGGCCGGCCGACCACGCCGCUCGUCUAGCCGCACACGUCGUACAAACGAUGCCCAUGUUAUCCCUACUUCCGCGGCAGUUGGCAGCACAUCUUCUGACUCGUCCAGCCCCGAAGCCGACGGUGAUUCGGAUUACGAGCAAUCACACCAUAUUGUGCAUCCCACCCCCAGAGCAUCUCGACGAGGGCGACCGCCACGUUCUGUGGCAGGUGCACAUCGUCGUACAGGAUCGGCCAACUCCUUACACAAUACUGUCGGCCAUCCCUUCGGCACAUCACCGACCAAUUUGCAGGGGAUGACGCGACCUAAUACCACCUCCCCUGUGGCAGCAGGCUCCGCCAUUCGGUGUGACUAUAUCUCACCCAUUACGCAUCAAGUCUGCGGUACAGUCUUCCAUCGCAUGUAUGACCUUGCGCGGCAUCGCAUUACCUUGCAUCUUCGUGAAGAAGCGCAGAUGGUCAAAGACGGCGUUCUGAAAGUGGAUCAGUGCUUGGUGCUUGGUAAGGAAGUGGAUGUUGACAAGGCACUAGCAGAACUGGAAUGGAACUGUCGCGUCUGUGGUGCUACAUUCUCACGCAAAGAUGCUAUGCUCCGACAUGAACGGCUUCGUCAUCAUAGAUAG